AUUUGGUCCUUUUAUGUCCAGGAACAUGGAGCCUCUCAGUGUAGGGAGAGUGGUGGGAGAUGUAGUGGAUGGUUUCACCCCAAGUGUGAAAAUGAGUGUCACUUACAACUCCAAUAAGCAAGUUGCCAAUGGCCAUGAGCUGAUGCCCUCUGUUGUUACUGCUAAACCUAGAGUGGAGGUUGGUGGUGAAGACUUAAGGGCUGCUUAUACCCUAAUCAUGACAGACCCGGAUGCUCCAAGCCCUAGUGAUCCAUACCUUAAAGAACAUCUUCACUGGAUUGUGGCUGACAUUCCCGGUACCACUGAUGCUUCCUUUGGAAAAGAAAUUGUGAGCUACGAGCCCCCAAAGCCGGUAAUUGGCAUCCACAGAUAUGCGUUCAUCUUGUUUAAGCAGAGAGGAAGAGAAACCGUGAUGCCACCAGCUUCAAGAGACCAUUUCAACACAAGGAAGUUUGCAGAAGACAACGGUUUAGGAUCGCCAGUGGCAGCAGUAUACUUCAAUGCACAGAGACCAACUGCAGCAAGAAGACGAUGACUCCCAAAUGGAUAAGGAGAAUGCUAUUGGGUAGCAUUUCUCAUGAUUUUAGGGUUUGCAUGUGUGUUUACUUUUGAGGUCGUUCUGUACUUGUACUAGGGUCUUAGGUAGGUAACUGUUUCUCUACCAGGUUUUGGGACACGUGGGUCCCGAAUCUUUUUAGGUUUCUUUAAGAAUCUGAUGGAUGCAGAUCCCAGCAGGGCUAUCUCCUGCAAUUAGUAGCGUGGCAACCCAUGAUUGUGUACUGAGAUUGUGAUGGGGACCAUCUUUGUCACCCAAUAAUAUUGGACACGUUCAACAUUUGUGGGGUUUUAAUGAUAACGAGAAUAAUUCUAUUCGCUUGUUCUAUCUGGACCA